UUCUCCGCUCCAAGCACAGUGUUAACGUCACUGGUUUGAAACACCACAACAAUUCUCAAAUCUCUGUACAUGGAGUGAAGGCUGGAACGACAUUUUCGUAGCUGAGGACUGCGGUGUGGCUUGCACUAUUUAGUGCUGCCACACAGAACACGGCAUUGUGACUCCAUUUUUGCGCAUCCAACCCUUGCAUUCCCUCUGCUUCCUUUUAACUAAAUCAAAUACUAAUAUAAAACCCUACCCUCCCUUUCCCAUUCUCUUUGGCUGCUCAACUGGAGAUGGUGUUGGACUUGGUUUUCUGGCUUCUCUCUUUACUUGCGAACUUUGGCCUCCUCGCUAUGGUCUUUCACGAGCUUUUGUGCUUAACGGACUUGGAGGCUGACCAUAUGAAUCCCUUCGAAGCAACAGCUUCCAUUAACAAGUGGAUUCUGCCUGAGUUUGUGUUGCAAGGGGUUAUCUGCAUUCUCUUCCUUUUGACAGGACACUGGGUUAUGUUUCUCAUGGCAGCACCCCUUACUAUCUAUCAUGUGAUGCUGUUUAUGAAACGAGAGCAUCUUAUUGAUGUCACUGAAGUUUUCAGAAAUCUUAAUUCUCAGAAGAAGUUUAGACUGAUCAAGCUUGGUAUCUACUUGAUUUUCUUCGCCAUUUUAAUGUUCAGGAUUACAUUGAAUGCUUUCUACAUUCUAAGAAAUGAAGAUGAUGAGUGAUGACAUUCAGUGUAUUUUGACCGCUACGGCUUCAGGAGUGAUAGCUGCUUGUAAGUGGGUUUUUAAAUCCCUGAAUCAUGUGAAAGGAAGUGAAUUGUAGCAUAUACAAAAUUAGAUGUAUUCAAACUUUCAUUUUAGGAUGAGUUUCAUUGAACUGUUUUUGACAUGGUGAACUUUGAUCUCAAGUGUUCCAAUGAUUCACAAAAUGCUUAUAGGCAUGAGUUUAUAAUUAGGUAGUUAAAACAAAGACUGACCUAUUAUAGACAGAACAUGUAUCAACUCAUGAUUCAACGGUGAUGCAUUCCUUUUUCUAAA